CCCAACCCCGAAACUCUAAUUUGUCACCCCCUGGCACAAUUCAAUAUAUAGACUCCUGAGUUAUCCACAAAUAAACCUACCAGUGACACUUUUUUUUUCUUUAUUUCUCCAUUAUCAGUUGCUUUACUGUCCACGAAAUAAACAGCAAAUCGAAUGAACUAAUGAAUGGUGACACACAUUACUCAUUUACAAUAAUAAAUACCUUAAUUACAACUGUUACAAUAAAAUAAUGGAUCAGGGUUUGUGCAGAGAGAUGGAAGAACGUAUUUCGAUUCGUGACACGAGUAGAAAAUUGAAAAAAUACGGAAGCACGUCGAAACAUUUGAUAAGAAAUGAAAGUCUGGUCAAACAUUUUGUAAGUAAAAGUGAUACACUAGCUGGUAUUGCCCUGAGGUACGGAGCAACGACUGAACAAAUUAGGAGGAUAAAUCGACUGUGGGCGACUGACAGUCUAUUUUUACGUGAAUAUUUACUAGUACCUGUCCCUAAGGACUCGAAUACGCAACAAUUUAAUGAUGGAAUUGCAAGGGAAAACUCAGGGGUUGAGUGUGAAGUACCUAGUGCUGUGCAAAUGGCAUCUACGAGUGAUGAUAGUGAUGUGGACAAUUUUUUAGCGAAAAUGGACUCGUCUAUUGCUAGUGUCAAGAAGGAGAUUCAGAAGGUGCAGGGACAGAGCUCCUUCAUGUCAGACGAUGGAGUAUUCGUGCAACGAAGACCAGGAACUCGGAGUUUACGUCACAGUUUGACCCACUCAACCCCUCCAAUGAGUUCGACGAGUUCAUCCCUGAAUCACCACACGAGAUCAUCGUCCGAAGAUGACGUCCACGAUCUUCCAUCAGCCGUUGUCAUGACACACGGAAAAAAAUUGAAAACAUCUCUCCAAAAAUUGCAACAGCAACAGGACGAGAUAUUUCAAUUGUAGCUAAUGAACAAUGACGUUGAGAUGACACUACCCUGUAUCCUAUAUUUUUAUUUUUUAAUUUAUUGAAGGUGCUCAAGUGGAGUUGCACCCGGAGAGAAUAUUUGCACGUGCAUUUCCACUGAAAAUGUUUGACAUGACGACUAGAAAAUAAAGUUAGUCCCGAGAAAAA